CCUGUCGUCACGUUAUCUCGAGUGGGGUACUUCCUGCGGAAAGAAGUUGCCAUCUUACAUCAUGAUGUAUUCCACUUCCCACUUCUUGCGCUGGUGGUGGUGGUGGUGGUGGUGGUGGCUGCCUCUGAGGUUGCUUUUCAGGGCGAGCCAUCGGCAGAGGGAAACGGCCGGAAGAUGGCGAGCCACCUGUCUCUCGCUCUCAGCCAUCUUCUUCGUUCUCCCUUUUUCUUGCUCCUCUCCCUCUCUCUGCUCACGUACUUGGUCGUCCGAGCGUUGAGGGUGACAGGAAACUCCCGGAGGGCGAUAGUGGCGGCCUCUCCUCCGGGGACCACCGGACUUCCUCUGAUCGGGGAGACACCGGCAUUUCUAGCGGCCAACCACAGCGGCAGGGGUGUUUACGACUUCGUCAGGGCACGCCAUCUACGGUACGGAGAGUGUUUCAAAACCAAUAUACUUGGACGCACCCAUGUUUUUGUGUCAAGCAUUGUCGCCGUUCGGACACUUCUAGGUCAUGAGUCUCCUGAUUUCUCAAAGAGGUAUAUAAGGUCAAUAACGGAGCUCGUGGGAGAUCAAAGUUUGCUUUGUGCUUCUCAUGAGCAACACAAGUUCAUCCGUCGCCACAUCUCCUGUCUGUUCAAAUUAGACUCGAUGGAUUCAACAGUCAGGAAAUUUGAUGAAUUGGUCAUUCAUACUUUGUGCGGUUGGGAGCAGAAAGAUACUGUCCUGGUGCUUAGCGAUGCUAUGAAGAUUACGUUCAAUGCGAUCUGUAAGAUGCUCAUAAGCACAGAGGACGAGCACGAGCUAGAAAUUCUAAGAAAUGAUGUUUCUGAAGUAAGCGAAGCGAUGCUAGCCUUGCCUUUGAAAUUUCCAGGGACUAGAUUCUACAGGGGUCUCAAGGCCAGGAGAAGGAUAAUGAAUACACUAAGAAAAAUGAUAGAUUUAAGGAAAAGGGGAUCAGAGUGUCAUGAAGACUUCUUACAAGGCCUUGUAAGAGAUGAAUCACACGGUAAUGAGCCAUUGACCGAUGACCAAAUCUUGGAUAAUAUCUUGACACUGAUAAUUGCAGGUCAGGUAACAACAGCAAGUUCGAUAGCUUGGAUGGUCAAGUACUUGGAUGAGAACCAAGAGGUCCAAGAAAAACUAAGAGCUUUACACUUGGAGCUAGCAUUUACAAAUUCUUUGUCACCUCUUGGAUCUGAAGUUCUUAAUGUUAUGCCAUAUGCUCUUAAGAUUGUGAAGGAGACCUUGAGGAUGGCAACGAUUGUGUCUUGGUUUCCGAGAGUGGCACUGAAGGACUCUGAGAUCGGAGGAUUAAGGAUUCAGAAAGGGUGGAUUGUGAAUGUAAAUGCGAGGUCUAUACACUAUGAUCCUGUAGUGUAUGAUGACCCAGUGAAGUUCAAUCCAUCGAGGUUCGACGAUGACUCUAAGCCCUAUAGCUUCUUGGCAUUUGGAACAGGAGGGAGGAUCUGCGUGGGAAUGAACCUAGCCAAGGCUAUGAUGCUAGUUUUUCUACAUCGGCUCGUUACGACAUACAGGUGGAGGGUGACUGAUUCGGAUUCGAGCUUGCAGAAAGGAGCAAUGUUCCCGAUGCUGCGAAGCGGGUGUCCUAUCACCGUCUCCCGUGUUGUGGUAGAGGCUAAAUUACCUUAGCGAUGGGGGAAGCGUGCCAUCUGAUGUGGUGUCGGCAUGCAUUAAAAUGUGAAACAGAUGCAGUUUAUGCCAUGGUAUGUACCUGAUUUCAAAUGUAUCAGAGGUGCAGUGAGUAAUUAAAUCUCAUCCCAUGAAUCUUAUGUUGAUGUUUGAUGACGCUCAAAUAAGGAUCAUUUUCCUCUC